AUGUCUUCUAUGAAUACAAACGACAAUCAGAGCUGUUAUUUGGCUUUGAUGUCAAUGGCAGAGGAGUUCCGGACACAGACUCCUCCCGACAUGAGGUCUUGUGUCCAGUGUUUGUUGGCAUCGCUUAAUGUGUCAACACAUCCAGCAAUUGAAGCCAAAACUCAUCUUCAUUUGGGAAAUAUUUUACUUCAUUUCACCACUAAUUUAGAUAAAAGUCAAUCACAUCUCGAGAAAGCGUGGUAUUUAUCGCAAUCAGUGCCUAAUUGUGAAGAAUUAAAGUUAGAAUCGGCUUCUCUUCUCGCUAUGGUUUACGAGAAAAAGAAUGAGAUGAACCAUUCGAAGCAGAUUCUGACCAAAGCUAUCGAUGAAUCGCAGCACUGGAUCUAUUGGCACUCAAGACUACUCUUUCAAUUGGCCCAAAUGCACGUCGAUGAGAAGGACUAUGGGGCGGCAUCUAAUAUAUUGAGUAUAGGCGCCGAUUACGCCAAUAUGUCUGGCGCUCAUUACACGCGAAUACUGUUCCUAUUGAGCAAAGGAAUGACAUUAAUGAUUGACAGACGCCUCUCGGAAGUGCAUCCAGUGUUGAGUCUCGCGGGACAGUUAGUCGAGACCUGGAAUGGAAACCUUCAGAUGAAAGAAGCGCUUAAAGUUUACUUUCUUGUGCUUCAAGUUUGCCAUCACUUGAAUGCCGGACAAGUUAAGAGCGUUAAGCCGUGUCUAAAGCUUUUACAGCAAAGCAUUCAAAGCAUAACUGCUUAUCACAGCGAAGACGAUUACGUGAACGUUAAUCCCAACGAUAUGUUCAUAUGGAUGCCGAGAGAGCACAUGUGUGUUCUCGUAUAUCUGGUGACAGUAUUGCACUCAAUGCAAGCCGGGUAUAUGGAUAAGGCACAGAAGUACACCGAAAAGGCUCUCAUGCAAAUCGAAAAGCUUAAAGCUGUAGGCACUCACCCGAUGCUCAACACAUUUCAAUUGUUACUUCUUGAGCACAUAGCUAUGUGUCGGCUCGUUAUGGGAAACAGAACUCUUGCCAUUAAAGAGACGGCUCAAGCGUUGCAGAUCUGUUACAGCGAUCCGAAGCUGAAAAUAAGGCACAAACCAAUGAUUCACGCCUUACUGGGAAUGUACGCCAUGUCCAUG